CCAAACUGAAAUACAAAUAUCUUUGAUAGGAACGCACUGGGUUUCGGAGCUACUCACGUUGCUAUUCACCAACCAGUUACAACUUCAGACGGCUCCCAAAGCUGACGCCAUGUUGGAGUAUGUUGGUUGUGACCACCUGGACACCAAACCGUCUCCUCGUGUGAUCAACACCCACCUCAACUACCACCUGCUACCCAAAGAUGUUUUCCAGAAGCAGUGUAAGAUAGUUUUCGUGUGUCGUAACCCCAAAGAUGUGGCCGUGUCGUACUACAACCUCAUCGUGGACCGAGUAGAAUACGAAUAUAACGGGGAAUUCUCGGCCUUCCUGGAGUUAUUUAUGGAGGGGAAAGUGCCAUAUGGAGACUGGUUUGAAUACAUGCAAGAGUGGAGUUCGGCCAUUACAGAAGGAAGCCCGUGUCCAAUACACGUCAUGUAUUAUGAACAACUGAAGCAGGAUUUCGUACCAACCAUAUCUCGACUGUGUUCUUUCUUGAACUUGACCAGAACAAAGGAACUUUUGGAGAAAAUGGAAAAAGUGACAUCCUUUGAUUCUUUCAAACGUUCUGUGGAUACCACGUUCGGCGAUGCUGCUAGUGCCGGAUGGAAAGGGGCUCCAACGUUUAUCCGUAAAGGUGUUAUUGGAGAUUGGAAGAAUUGGUUUACUGUUGCCCUGAACGAACAGUUCGACGAGCUUUAUCAACAACGCAUGAAAAAUUCUUGUUUCAAGUUUUCUUUUGAGCCUGAUUUAGCAGAGAACGUUUAG